CUUCCGCAGUUGGUUGAUAUUUCAUCAACAAAUUCAUGUGACUUGUUUUUUUUUUGUGAGCAUUUGGUGGUGGUAAUGGGAUGGAUUGACACGAAAGACUACACUGUUUCAAGAUUUUGGUAUAAAUUUGCGACUUUACAUUGUUAAAGAUUGAAAUGUUAUGAGCACUUACCACCUGAUUUUCAAGAAAAAUGGUUGAGGAAUUAAGAAAGUACUUCUUGAAGUUGCUUCAGAUGGUUGAUGGCCUUGAGGCUAUCAUUGUAACAGACAGAGAUGGAGUGCCAGUUAUCAAAGUAACGACAGAAGCUAUUCCUGAGCAGGCGUUAAAGCCAGCCUUCCUGGCCACAUUUGCCAUGGCCGCUGAUCAAGCGAGUAAACUCGGCCUCUCACACAAUAAAAGCAUUAUCUGCAUGUAUGGCACAUAUCAGGUUGUGCAAUUCAAUGAGCUACCAUUAGUCAUCAGUCUUAUUGCCAGCAGUACUGCAAAUACAGGUCUGCUGUUAUGUAUGGAAUCUGAGCUGCAGGGCGUUCUACAAGAACUGAAGACAGCAAUCGACAUUUAGGACAUCAGUCUUGUAAAUCUUUUAUACUUUUCUUAAAUCCUUCUACUCUUGGUAAUACUAUUUUUGCCAAUGAAUAUACCAAUCCCUGUAGAGCUGUUUCGCUGUACGGGUUGUGUGUGGUGGAAUGGUUCUGCGCACAACUAAAGCCAUGUUAUAAAUUGUUAAACUAGGACAUGGGAAACAUUCCAAUGGGUAAAUCUUACCAAUGUCCGCAUUUGGAUUAAUUGAUACAGGUAAACUAACCGAGACGAUGGUGAAACAAACCCACUGACUAAAUAUAAACACAUGAGGGCGCUACACCAAUGACCUUUAACUGGUUGUGACAAAAUACAUGACCCAGCUUGUAAUUAUUUGUUGAAGAGAAGCACGUCAAAUAAAGGUUUAAGACUGGUUUUACCACACUGAACUUGUUGGCGUGGUUAGUUUACCAGGUUUAGUUUACCUCGGUGGUCGGUUUAACUACCCAUUCCCAUUGGACUACGUUUAAGUUACUUGGGUGAAAUUUUCAUUGGCUGUUUUUACUGUACUUCAAGUUCCCAUUGGCUCGAUUAGUUAACCCCCUUAAAAACGGUUUUACUUUAUAACUUAAAAAAUAAAUGAAAUACAAAUUA